CCCAUCCCGCCCCGGCCCGCCCCGCCGCCCGCCCGCGCCGCCACACGCCGCGCGCGCUCGGAGCCGGCCGGUCCGUCCAGCCCCGAGCGGCGGGAGCCCGGUGCGCACCAUGUCGGUCGCGGUGGGCAACAGGUUCCAAGGAGGGAAGGCGUUCGGUCUGCUCAAGGCCCAGCAGGAGCGGAGGCUGGCGGAGAUCAACCGGGAGUUCCUCUGUGACCAGAAGUACAGCGAUGAAGAGAACCUACCAGAAAAGCUCGCUGCCUUCAAAGAGAAGUACAUGGAGUUUGAUCUCAACAAUGAAGGCGAGAUUGACCUGAUGUCUUUAAAGAGGAUGAUGGAGAAGCUGGGGGUGCCCAAGACUCACCUGGAGAUGAAGAAGAUGAUUUCAGAGGUGACAGGUGGGGUCAGCGACACCAUCUCCUACAGAGACUUUGUGAAUAUGAUGCUGGGCAAAAGGUCAGCGGUCCUCAAACUAGUCAUGAUGUUCGAAGGAAAAGCCAACGAGAACAGCCCCAAGCCAGCAGGGCCCCCUCCGGAGAGAGACAUCGCCAGCCUGCCUUGAGGACCUGGUCCCGCUCGGGCCCCGCCCCCCCGCUCGGGCCCCGCCUCCGGCCCCGCCCCCUGCUCUCACCGCCCUUCCUGAUUUGUCUUGUUUGGUUGUUGUGUGGUUGUGUGUUUCAACUCUCUGUAAAGCACAACUUAUCUGCCUUAAAAAGUGGGCCCGGGCUGGUAAGCUGAGCCGUGGGCCCCCUUCCUCAUCUCCAUGCCUGCUCUCGCCUUUCCCUGCACAGAAGGACUGACGGCAAACCAAAAAACCAACCAGGGGAGGGGGACUGGAGGUGUGUUCCCAUACUGUAAGACUCUCCUGUCCAUCUUUCUAGAAGGUCUCUGAGCCAAGUUCAGCCUGGAGCUUGGCCUUGGUGAGGACCCAAGUGUCCUUGAAGUGUCCUUGGUCAGGUCCCUGCGUCCGGUGUUCCUGGCUGCCCGGGAUGUGGCCACUCAGUGCUCUUUCACCCCAACAGGCCCCUCUGCUCGUGCUCAGGGACAUGACGGAAGGCGGGGAGCAAAGGGAAAGGCGGCGGAGUGUUUUAGCCCUUCGCCAAGGGACCCCGUGGCCUUGCUUUGUGGUCACCCCUUGAAAGGCAGCUCAGGGGAACAGUGUAGCCACUGUCACUUGCCAGCGAAGGGGCUCGGAGGCACAGGGGGGAACCACAGGAGGCGAAUUCAACGUGUAUGGCACCGUGGGGAAGCCAGCCGCUGAGAAACAGGCUGCCUUUCUGAUCGCCACCUGCGUGAAUGCCCAGUCGGCUUCCUCCGUGUGCCCUCCUCCCCUCCUCCCACCGCUCAUUCCUUUACUCCCUCAUCCGCACAGUCCGCAGGCAUUUAUUGAGAACCUCUUAGGAGCUUUAAGUCCUGACCGUGAUGUGUCUACAGUGCUCUCUUAUUCGUCUCCUCUUUCCCAUGUUGCUCGAAACCUUGGCGUAGGGGUUGGAUGGAGGUCAUCUGUGUCUUUUCUUCUGGACUCAUGAGAUUCGGGAGAUCUGCCCUGGAGGGUAGCGAGGCCAGGCCCCUGGGGAUCCAGGGCCAGGUGGUUCCUCUGGAGCCCAGGUGGUCAGGUGCCCUGCCCGCACCUCCUCUCUGCCCUGCCUUAAGCCAGUGGUGAGGACGGGAGAGGAGGUCCCAGAAGGGAUCAGGUAUUGUGGAGGCCCAGGGCCCCUGCGCCAACCUCAGGACCUUGCCUCUGCAAUGCACCUUCUCUGCAGCUCCGAAGCAAAAGCCUCGGAGGGGACCUGCUUCUCAGAACUCACACAGGAAGGUGGCGCAGCUCAACCCCAUCUUGGCUGAGCAGGAACCGCAACCUUGACUCCGCCUGUGUUAUGGAGUUCCCUUCCCCACUGUGCGCUCGGGACUCAGACGCGCUCAUCCACCGAAAUGUAUUAAGUGCCUGCCAGAUGCCAGACAGACCCAUGGGAGCUACGCCUAGCGGCAGAAGUCAGAUUCCCAGACGGAGGAAUUGUUAAGGAGGUCGCAUUCGGGGUGAUGACACCCUACAGUCCUGAGUGUUCUGGCUUGGCCCAACACUGGGCAGAACUCCUUGAGCUGGACCGUUGGGCGUGUGAGAGUCCCUGUCAUCAAGGGCACGGUGUGCUGUCCCAUGGCUGCUUGCAGGGGUGAGGUGAGCAGGGCGUGAGGACAUGGCUGGCUCAGGUUAAUCCCCUGGUCUCAACCAGUUCAGGAGUGAGAUUAUUUGGCUAUGACUGGCUGACCUUCAGCCUUAGGAGCUGCUUCAAACGCACAGGUCUAGUUGAAAUUUAAACCCAGGAAAAACAUUCCUGUAAAUAUCAAAUCCUCCUUACUUCCACCAGCUUGUCUGCCUUUUUUUUUUCCUUCCUGAGAUACCAGAUUAGCAGCUGCCUAUUCCAAGCCCUGCCUCCCCUCUCGGGAUGGGCUGGGCCUUCUGAGGACUAUUGCAGCUGUGUCCGUUUCACUGAGGAAGGAGACAGCACCGGCUCCAUUGGGAAGGAGAUGAGGGUGUUUCUCCUCCAGUCUCCAGGAUAGUCUUGUAGGGGGAUGGGGGGCACAAGCCUCAUCACUGGAUCUUAGAAUUUAACCUUUGGGGUUGGGGGGGGGAGAGGGUCUAGAUCCCCUGGAAGGGGGUCUACAUGUUAUUUCUAGCUGCAGCUCUUGGCACUGGGACUCCCACUUUGGCUAAGGGCUCCGUUUUAGGGACAUGGACUGUAUUAUUUCUGAAAAAGACCAAAUCUAACUGAUGUAACUAGCAACACAGGGACUGCCAAGUAUGGCUUUGUCCCUAAGAUGCAAAAGGAGGAAAGAGUUUGCCAGGGAAAUUCAGGUGAAUGAAGUUGUGUGUGUGUGUGCGUGCGCGCACAUGCAGGUUUGCGUUCAUGUGUGUGGGAGGGGGUAGGAUGUCAUGGAUACAGAUUGAAAUAAACCAGAUGAAGCUUUA